AGUCUUACAAAGAUCAUAAUUCAAGAAGCCCGUUCUGAGAAGGAGAGAAAAAAAGAGAAAAGAAAGAAAUGACGUGAUUUGAACGCGUGCCCAAAAGUCCUUAAUGAAUAAGUUAGGACGAGUAGGAGGCAAAUGCUGGCCCAGCUGUUUCCUGUUGAAAAUGUCUGUGUGUGUAAUGUAGAUAAAUGUCAGGGAUUUUCUCUCUAAAUCCGUCUCCUGUUCGCUAAAUCUCACUUCUCCAAAACGAGCGUGCGCAAUGGAACAAAGUGGGAAUAUUGCGAUGUGACAUUGGCCGCAUCUCGUCCGCGUUUUCUCUCCCGAUUCCUUCUUCUUUUUUUCUUCUUUUCUUUUUUUUAUGACUUGAAACAAGUUGACUUUUCGCCGGGUUUUUGGUUCUUGUGGAGACCCGCGGGGAUGUCCUGCGCUCUUUCCUUCCAGUGGCAUUUAUGGGACGUCCUCAAGAGUGCGAUGUGCUGGAUCUCCUGUAGCCACACCCUCUCACUACUGCUGUGCGUCCUCAGCCUGACUCCAGCGGCUGCAGGGGCGAGGCCAGAGACUCUGUGCGGGGCGGAGCUGGUCGACACGCUGCAGUUCGUGUGCGGAGAGAGGGGCUUUUAUUUCAGUAAACCGACAGGCUACGGCCCCAACGCCCGGCGGUCGCGGGGCAUCGUGGACGAGUGCUGCUUCCAGAGCUGCGAGCUGCGGCGCCUGGAAAUGUACUGCGCUCCCGCCAAGACCAGCAAGGCGGCCCGCUCGGUGCGCGCCCAGCGCCACACGGACGCGCCCAGGGCCACCAAGGUCAGCAAGGCCGACAAGGGCUCGGAGCGGCGGACAGCGUCGCAGACGGACAAGACAAAAAACAAGAAGAGACCUUCACCUGGACAUAGUCACUCAGCCUUUAAGGAGGUGCAUCCCAAAAACUCGAGUCGAGGCAACGCCGGGGGCCGGAGUUACCGAAUGUAGGGGGUGGGGGCGGAGCUUGGCCGCCUGCCCGGCAGCGUGGGAAGGGAAGGAGGCAGUGGCCUUACUUGGUGCCCCCGGUUCACUGUAGAAGCAGACAAAGACGACGGUAACGAGGGCGUGAAAAACGACUGAAACCCGAAAGUGAAGCGGCGUUCCUUGGAAAGGGGGGGGGAGGGGUGGUUGUUAUUAUUUUCGACACUGCACCGUUGUAUUUGUUAUUAAUGCCAUGUAACAAACCAUAGUUUAGCUGCUAGGACGCGAACAUGACCAAGUUCCAAUCCUUCCAUUUACCCAUCAUGCAUUGCAUCGCCAGCCAGUACAUCUCAAAGCGUGUCAGCACCCUUGUGGCUAAUUGGAGUCGGUGGACGCCGAGCCAAACCCCCACCGAGCCUCAGGAAGUGUCGAGGUCCAGUCUGCAGUCCAAAGCCAUCCAUUAUGACACCAUUAGAGGAGAUUUACAGCCUCCCCGACCACUUUUCUUUUUUAAUAUGCAAACAGGGGAGCCAAACUCAAUUCAAGAUUUUUCCUGCUGCUUGUCAGAACCGAGUCACCCGUGGAUUCAAAGUGCAUUUGCCGUCGGCGAGCGGAAUAAAGGUUUGUUUGCAGCAUCAACGUUGAGGCUGCUUUCGAUCGAGGACCCCAACACGCACAGUGGGGGGCGCGUUUAAUGUGGCUACGUGCGCGUUAGUCAUGAUUUGUAAGCGAGCAAACUCCGCCCGAAUGAUGUUUCUGUCCCCGCCUCCUCCGCCUGCAUAUAAUCCGAAACACUUAUGUUAAUCUAUGCAUUACUAUCGUUCAUAUAGGAAUACGUGUCCACUGUAUUAUGGUGCUACUUGGAUGACGGACAGAUGCUACAUCAGAGGUCUUCUUCUUCUUCUCCUUUUGCACAGCCUCUAGGCCACCGCUGUAAUUGUUGUCUUUUUGGAAGUCAUUGUGCGACCAAAAUGUAUCUGUGUGUGCAAUCUGUGAACGCAUGGACAAAACCAAUAGCGUGCUGUGGUCCCUUGCAGGCAGAAUGCUAUUUUUUCUACUGUUUUUUUUAAAUUAUUUUCUCAACGAGCCCUGAAUGCCAAAAAGGAAUAAAAACAGAAUAGCUCCGCAAAAGUACUGUGAACUGUGAACCCCACCCUCCCCGCUAAUAGUAUGGAGAUUUAUCAAAAUGAAAGAGUGGAACCUUGGUUAGCGUCCUCCCCGGUUAGCGUGUUUUCGUUGGAAAUUUACACCAAAAUUUUGCUGCCGUUUGCGUACAAUAUGUCUUUUUUAAAACCCUGUGUGAGUCCAACUGUGUUCUUAAUGUAUUUGUAAUCACACAACCUGCCGUUACCAUCCUUAGCUUGCUAACAAAAUGGCAACCCGGAACUGAAAGUCAGCUAUGUCGCCCGCGGUUUGGGUUAACAUUUUUGGCUUUCCGGAAAUGAUUCAUUGCCGUUACAUGAUUUCUUACGGGAAAAAUGUAUUCAUCUGUUUCAAAUUACGAACGAAAUAAUGACGCUAACCAAGGUGCCGCUGUAUUUGUUUGUCCGGAGACGCGCUUGGAAUUCUUAUACAGUGAGACUACAAGACAUUUGGACAUUUUUCAGUGCUAAACAUGACAGAAAAUGGCACACACAAAUAUCCCAAAUACCUUUUGCCACAAUUUUUGCCACACUUUCUGUGAAACUCCAAAGGUGUCAUUUUCCUCACUCAUUUCACACAGUCAUGUGCAUUAGCCAAAGCAAUAGCCAGUGGCUAAAUCGUUAGUCUUAGCUCAACACACACACACACACAAAAAUAAGUCAAAACUGAUUAGAAUCUGUCUGUUCCUUUCAUUAAAAAAAAAAUGUGUUCAUUGGUGAGCUACAGCGCUAGUAGUAGCCUUUGUGCUAGGCUAGGCUAUGCUAUGCUAACUAUCUAUCAGCUGGCUUCACUAAAGGUGGCACGGUCUCCCUUCAAGUACACACUAAUCCAUCAAAUCCUGUAUCUUAGUUAGCAGAUCUUUGGAUGAAAUGCCAGUUCUAAGUGUUUUACACACCUUUAGUCAAACGCAGUACAAGCCAAAGACUUUUUUUUUUGUUGUUGUAGCAUAAUCAAAGUAUGCAAGUACAAUUUGGACAUCCUCUCAUUGGAAACGUAAAAUCAGAGAGAAGUUCUCUGAAGUCCGGCAUGACGACGACGGCGCUGUUACCCAUGGUGCUCGGUUGCCUUCUGUAUUAAAAAAAAAAAAAAAAAAAAAAAAA